ACGGCUUCCUGUCGCGCGGCUGCUGCUGACGAACGGCGAAGUAGACGAAGCGCGCGACAUCACGAGCCAAUCGGGUUCACGAGCCCGCCUGCUGUCUCGUCGCUCGUCGCCGAGAAAGCACACGUCUGCUCCAGGAGCCAGCCCCCUCGUUUCUGCACCUGCCAUCGACUUCGCCGCGUUGUCCGCCAUGGAUUCCAAGGCUGCAUCAGCGAAGCAGACACGCCCGGGAUCCCGCAAGUCUUCUGUCUCGUCCAGCUCGGCUGCAUUAAAACGAAAAAGCCAGCAUUCGUACAGUGCAAAGCCAGUAGCGAAGGAAGCAGAACUCACGGAGAGGGAGACCAAGUCGAUCUUGAAGAACGGCGGAGGAACCGCUGCAGGGACCUCAAGGAGAAGCAGUAGGAACUGGAUUGAUCUUGAUCUUUUCCCGGAUCCGGAACCAAAUGCGGCUGGCCCGUCGACCAGUGGACACUCAAUAGCCAAGAAAGCCAUCAUUGCGGUAGCACUGCUCUUGAUCUGCGGAGUCCUGUUGACGAUCGGCAUAUGGGCCCUAUCUUUUCCCUCGGUAACGUUCUGCGACACGUCAGAUUGCCUUAGACAUGUCACUGAACUCAAGGAGGCCAUGGACACUAGCGUCGACCCCUGCAACGACUUCUACAAGUUCACGUGCGGCUCCUGGAAGCCAAAACAGAAAGAGCGGUCCAUGAUUGCGCGAGUCUUCGACGAGUCGACGGACCGCGCCAUUAGCGAAAUGGAGGGCUCGAGAGAGAAGACUAUUGCGCCCAAAGCAGUGGACUAUUUCAAGAGCUGCAUCCAGCCACGCGAUUUCACGCCGGAUGAUCUGCGGGUCUAUUUCAACUUCAAGGAGCAAAUCGGUUUGUUGUGGCCGGAGAAGAAUCAAACCGCCAUCGACGCACUGCUCCCGCUACUGAACCUCACUAUCAACUGGAACAUCAACUUGCUCUUCCACGUGCACGCCUUGCCCGCAUACAAGCGGAGGCCACAGACGCUGAACAUUAGACGCGGCAUAGUGAGCACCAGUUGGUUGGAUCCCACGUGGACAGCCGCCACGUUUGCCGAAGCCGUCAGACAGCACUGCGCCCUACUCAGGAUCGACCCGCCACCUCCCUCAAGCAUCCAGGAACUGAAGAUCACCGUGGAGGACAUCGUAGACGCCGCGGUCAAAGUACCGCCGGACGCCACAAGCGACACGCAGUUCGCGCUCAGAGAGAUCGAGGUGCUGAUGCCCAAAAGGUCGGACGAGUGGCUCAGCAACGUCAACAAACUGCACAGUCCCCAGUUCAAGUGGACGCUGGACAGCCCCGUUGCUCUCGAAGACGACGCAAUACUGCAGAAUGUACACGCCCUGCUACAUAAGUACAAGGAAAAGAAGCAGACGCUCAUGGAAGGCUUUUCGUUCGUUUUCCUUCGAAUUUCCCUGUGGUUGCUCGCAGGGAAACCAGAGUUGCGCUAUGGGCCCGAUGCCGAACUGGGCCGCAAUAUAUGGAAGCGGACCUGCCUCAUAGACACAACUGGCCACUUCGGCCUGCUCGUCGCGGCCAAGCACAUUUACGCGCGCUACAACAGCAGUGUGCGCAGCGAGCUCGAACGUUUCCACCAGAGCAUUCAGGCCACGAUGAAGCAGCAGCUGGAAGACGCCUACUGGAUCGAAGCCCCCGUCAGGAGUAGGGCGGUCAGCAAAAUCGAAGAGCUGUCGCUGGACGCGAUCCCAGAGGAGAACUUCUUCUCCAAGGUCAACCUGUUCCAGCUGUACCGGGACUUCCCCAACAUCGGUGCAUCGUUCAUAAGAAACUACAUCGCGGUCGCAGCCGCCUACCGGCGCCUCAUCGGCCACGACAGUUACAUCAGCGUCUACUCCAGGCAGCUCGGGGAAGGCGCGCCCAGCCGAUACAACUACUAUUACAACAUCGCCUACAUGGCACUGGGCGCCAUGGAGCCUCCCAUACUCUACCUGCACGGCACCGAGGCCAUGAUGCACGGCAGCUUCGGCACGCUCAUCGCCGGGUGCAUGGUGCGCUCGUUCGACAGGCGCGGCGUCCUCUUCAACGACCUGGGCAGAAGGGAGAAGUGGUGGGACUCGCCAGCCUACACAGAACGAAUCAGCUGCGACUUGUUGUCCGGAAGCAAGUAUGAUGGCGGGGGAACUGGCCAGAGUCCGAAAGCGAACCCGAUUGGCGGCCGCGACCCGCGCGAGGUUCGCUUCUCGUCCUUGUUCCCAUUGGCACCGGGACUGACCGUGUCGUUCAUGGCGCACCGCGCGGCCGUGGCCAAAAAAGUCAGGUACCUCCAGCACCGCCUGCGCGGCUUUGAAGACUACACAGACGACCAGCUCUUCUUCCUGACCUACUGCCUCAUGACGUGCGCCACAAACAGCAGCGGCGAGGAGUGCAACGUACCAGUGCGACAGACGCAGGCAUUCGCCGACGCGUACCAGUGCCCGUCCGAAUCGCCGAUGAACCCGAGUAAGAAGUGCACGUUCUUCUAGUAACUGCAAGACCCAAGUUUAUUUUUAUUCAUUUAUCUCUUUGCUUGGCUGCGUCAUUGUUGUUCCUUUUUGUAUUGCAGUUUUUAUGGCAGUUGCCUCGAUUGACAGACGUUGCGUUCAACGCCGCAAUAGUGUUCUCAAUAUUUCCCCGAUGACGCCGCGCGCGCAGUUUAUUUCUCUUUUUUUUUCUGACUCCAAGCGUAGGUGUCAUACUGGCUCCGCUUUUGAGGUUGAGCAUGCACUGGAAAAUCGCAUGUUUGCCUUAAGCGCGACCUCCUGCAUCGCAGACUUAGAAUAUAGCUACAGCUUUACUGCAAUGAACUACGGGCGCUUUCGGAAGCUGAUGUGCUUUUGCAGUCGGCGCGAUAGUGACUUCUCGCAUCGCAUACCAUCUUUAAUAGCGAACAGCGAGAAUGACCGCCGGACGAGGCUGCACACAAGUGCUGCCGCAAUUUCAAGUGCCUACGUGCACCUUGUACACUUUCUGCGUGUAAAAAUAUAUAUAAAUAACGCGGCACCACUGCCGAGAAGUGGUCGUCAGAACCUGUG